AUGCAGCCUCUGUUAUAUGCCGCUAAGAGAAAUAGUCCUGCUCUUGUCCACAUUCUUCUUGAGGCUGGAGCUGAUGCUGAAUCCAAAAAUGGCCUGGGAGAAUCAGCACUGUGGGAGGCAGUGUGUCAUGAUAAUACCGAGAUAGCCAAGCUAUUACUUGAGAGAAGGGCAGAUCCAAACUUGCAGACAAAUGAUAAAAGAACUAUGCUCCGAUCUGCAGUCCAAAAACAGAGCAAAUCUAUGGCUUCCAUGCUGCUCGAACAUGAAGCACAUCCAAAUGUGAAGAAUGAGAAGGGAGAGACACCACUCUUUGAUGCAGUCAAAAUGAUCAACAAUGAAAUAGCUCAGCUUCUCCUCCAGAACGAAGCAUGUGUUGAUGCGCAGGAUGAAGUCGGAGACACUGUGCUCUUUCUUGCAGUCCGCGGACAGUUCCUCCCUAUGACGACUUUUCUUUUGAGCAAAGGAGCAGACUAA